CUGGGGCAUCCGUUUACAAAAUAUAGCUAGCUACAGCCAGUGAAUAAAGACACCUACAUUUACCACAACACUUUUUAAUUGAGGCAAAAUGCCUCGUUAUGCACAGCUAGUGAUGGGCCCGGCGGGCAGCGGGAAGAGUACCUACUGCUCCACACUGGUCCAGCAUUCAGAAGCCCUAAACCGCUCAGUUCAGGUGGUCAAUCUGGACCCAGCUGCUGAACACUUUGACUACCCUGUUAUGGCAGACAUCCGUGAGCUCAUCCAGGUGGAUGACGUGAUGGAAGACGAUUCUCUCAGAUUCGGCCCUAACGGAGGCCUGGUCUUCUGCAUGGAGUACUUCGCCAACAACUUUGACUGGCUGGAAGAAAGCCUGGGUCAUGUAGAAGAUGACUACAUAUUGUUUGACUGCCCAGGUCAAAUUGAACUUUAUACGCACCUCCCUGUAAUGAGGCAGCUGGUGGAGCAGCUCCAGCAGUGGGAGUUUCGGGUGUGCGGUGUGUUUCUGGUUGACUCCCAGUUCAUGGUGGAGUCAUUUAAGUUCAUCUCAGGAGUCAUGGCUGCCCUCAGUGCCAUGGUGUCAUUAGAGAUUCCUCAAGUAAACAUAAUGACCAAAAUGGACCUGCUCAGUCCCAAAGCCAAGAAGGAAAUUGAAAAGUAUCUGGACCCAGAUAUGUACUCAAUGAUGGAAGAUAAUUCUGAUACUAUCAAAAGCACAAAGUUCAAGAAGCUGACUAAAGCCAUCUGUGGUCUGAUUGAUGACUACAGCAUGGUGAGAUUCUUGCCUUUUGACCGCACAGAUGAGGAAGGUAUUAACAUAGUACUACAACACAUCGACUUCUCUAUACAGUAUGGAGAGGAUCUGGAAUUCAAGGAGCCAAAGGACGUUGAGGAGGAGCCCGCUAACCUAAAUUACGAUGAGAUUUUUCAAGGCAAAGUGGACAGCUGAAGAGUAAUGUGACUCCAGAGAUGCUACGAAAAAGACUUUACAUGAGAUGAAAACCGAAUACGAGGCUGAUGAAAAAACAAGACGUAUUAUAUCAAGGCCAAGUGGAGAAUUGCAUGUGACUUCAACGUGAGAAUGGGGGGAAAAAGACUCACUCUGAAGAUCAUGAAUACCCAGUGUCAUAUGUUUAGAAUGUUUUGUUUUUGUGAGCCACUUUGAUGACUCAAGAAAUUUGUAAUUUAAAUCUAUUCUCUUUUCAUUAUUUUAGGACAAUGCUUAAGUUUAAAGAGGUGUUAUUAAAUACAUUUAUAUUUUUAAAUAAAAUAUUGUACAAAAUGUACUACCUGCCUGCAG